CCCCACCCCUUACAACUCCCCCCCCCCACCCCUCCCAUUUCUCCCUCUCUCUCUCUAUGUGUGUUUGCAUUCGACAAAGAAAUGAUUUGAACUUCCCACUGCCUCAUAAAAAGGAAACAGAAUAGCAGUUUUGACAUAUGGAUGUGAUUUCUCCGCUCUGACACAGAUGCACACACACUCACAAGCCUGCUCCUUUUCACAUGGACUCGUUGCCUACAUGCAUGAAGCGGCUGGAGGUGCUCAGCAAUGAGAAGGCGAAGAGGAGGACUGGGCUGGCUUGUCAUUUGCCUCUUGGGUUGAGAGCCAUCCGGCCAGACCUCUGAAGGGGUCGCGGUGGAAGGACAACUCCUCUCCAAGCCCGGAUCCCUGCAAGAAGCUUUCUCUCCUCCUCCCAGCUGCCCAGAGAGCUUCUUGGAUGCUGCCCUAAGCGUCUUGGCUAUGGGAUCAUAUCUGGUUUAUCACAGCCUGGGUUUGAUCCUCUGCUGCUCCGUGCUAAGUUCUGUCUACGCGCUGGUGGAUGCGGACGAUGUCAUCACCAAGGAGGAGCAGAUCUUCCUGCUGCUAAAAGCCAAGGCCAAGUGCGAGCGACACCUGAAAGCCAAGGUGCCUAAGGUGCAUGAUGGCUUCUGCCUGCCCGAGUGGGACGGCAUUGUCUGCUGGCCAGAAGGCGUGCCAGGCAAAGUGGUGGAGAUGCCAUGUCCGGAGUACAUCUACGACUUCAAUCACAAAGGCCAUGCCUAUCGGCGGUGUGACCUGAACGGGAGCUGGGAGCUGGUACCAGGCAACAACCGGACCUGGGCGAACUACAGCGAGUGUGCUAAGUUCCUCACCAACGAGACGAGGGAAAGGGAGGUCUUUGAUCGUCUCUAUGUGAUUUAUACUAUCGGAUACUCCAUCUCCCUGGGCUCCCUGACGGUGGCUGUUCUUAUCCUGGGAUACUUCAGGCGUUUGCACUGCACGAGGAACUACAUCCACAUGCACCUGUUCGUCUCCUUCAUGCUGAGGGCCGUCAGCAUCUUUGUGAAGGACGCGGUCUUGUACUCGGGGUCAGCUCUGGAGGAGAUGGAGCGCAUCUCAGAAGAAGACCUGAAGUCCAUUACCGAGGCCCCCCCAGCGGAUAAGUCACAGUUUGUGGGCUGUAAAGUAGCCGUUACCUUCUUCCUUUACUUCCUGGCAACCAAUUACUACUGGAUUCUGGUGGAAGGUCUCUAUCUCCACAGCCUGAUCUUCAUGGCGUUUUUCUCAGAGAAGAAGUAUCUUUGGGGAUUCACGUUAUUUGGCUGGGGUCUCCCUGCUGUAUUUGUGACGGUGUGGGCCAGUGUGAGGGCCACUCUCGCAGAUACCGAGUGCUGGGACUUGAGUGCCGGCAAUUUAAAAUGGAUCGUUCAGGUGCCCAUCCUGGCAGCUAUUGUGGUAAAUUUUAUGCUUUUUAUCAAUAUUAUCCGAGUCUUAGCAACCAAGCUACGGGAAACCAAUGCAGGGCGGUGCGACACCAGGCAACAGUACAGGAAGCUGCUGAAAUCUACCCUCGUCCUUAUGCCUCUGUUUGGCGUUCACUAUAUAGUGUUCAUGGCGAUGCCAUACACAGACGUGUCAGGGAUUCUUUGGCAAGUUCAAAUGCACUAUGAAAUGCUGUUCAACUCUUUCCAGGGAUUUUUUGUGGCCAUCAUAUACUGUUUUUGCAAUGGAGAGGUUCAAGCAGAAAUAAAGAAGUCAUGGAGCAGAUGGACAUUAGCACUUGACUUUAAAAGGAAAGCACGGAGUGGGAGCACAACAUAUAGUUAUGGACCCAUGGUCUCCCAUACCAGUAUCACGAACGUAACUACCAGAGGGGCACUUGCCCUCCAUCUCAAUACGAGACUUAUACCGGGAGCCCUCAAUGGACACCGAAAUUUGCCAGGUUAUGUCAAAAAUGGCUCCAUUUCAGAAAACUCCAUGCCUUCUUCCGGGCCGGAGCAAUACAACAAAGAUGAGGAGUACCUGAACGGCUCUGGACUUUACGACGGAGACAGGCCGACGGUGCUUGUUGAAGAAGAAAGAGAGACAGUGAUGUAAGGAUCAGAGAGGAAGAAGAAGAACAAGGAGACGAAAGGUUCCCGGAGAGCAUUUAGUGGGCAAAAGAAGACCAGGCUGCACAUGGGAUGCCAAGGGUUUUCAUACAGUUUCUCUGUUCUGUGCAACAGGAGGUCAAGUUAUAUGGAAAAAGUGGGCCAUCGAUGUGGCCAGCUGUUGAUCACACACAUUUACUCAGUGGUCUGGUCUCCAAGGUGUUAAUGAAGGCAGUGCUGUCCAGACCUGCGGGCCUCGCUACCUGUUGAACAACGGGGGUAUUCAGAGUUUACAGGAGGGGUGUACAAAUGGCACGCGGUAGUUUCACCUCUGGGAGAGCAUUCGAAGCACAAAGAUGAAGGGAAACCCAGUCAAAGGAGCAGGGAGCGUGAAAUGCCAUCUUCUUACAGUGGUACGAGAGGCCGGUGGCGUUGCCUUCACCACUCAGUUUGGUUUGGCUGUCUCUUUUAUUCGAAAGCCCAUCUGUCAUAUGGUAACACACACAGGACUGGCUGGGUCCCCUGGGCCAUAGCCACUAAUUGUAGCGGACUAAGACACAGCUUGGACUGUGGUGGCAUUGGGUGUCUGUGUCCGUCCGGGGUCACUUGGUGCAUGUUCCUUCAGGAGCAAUCUCACUGCUGAUUCCCUGAUGAAGCAGCAUGCUUUUUUCUUCUUUGGUAAAUGACUCACAACUACUGGCUGUAAAUGAAUAUUGGGGGUCCCCUUCUCCUACCUGAGCCCAGGGAGCGAGAGCAAAAUUCGUGCAAUCAGAGAUUUUAAAUGAACAUGACGGUCUAGCUGGUCCAAGCCUAAAAUCAGACAAGAGGUCCAUUCUGUUGGCUUGUAAGUGCAUUGAGCAUUAGGGUGGAGAGGGAGCUUGACGGUACCUCAAUGUGUGUGAUUUGGGUGGCGAGGCAUGUAAAACCAGGCCAGAAAACAGUGAACUCGCCCAUUUUGGAUGUUCAAGGGAAUGUACUUAACUCAUUUUCAAUCUUUUUUUUUUUUCUUCCCAUUCUCACUUCCGCACUUCCUGCUCCCCGUUGAGUACGGGAAGGCUAACAAGUGAGGAGAAGGGCUGUUUUAGCAAUAUCCCGUUUCAAUCAGAGCCGACGGAGGCUGGCAUCCAACUCAACAUGACGUUUGCAAGCCAGGUCUAUGGAUAAUUCAUUGCAGACCUCCAGGUGCCUCUCUGAACCUCCAGGAUGGGUUGUGGGUUCCCCUUCCAAGGUACACACACAUACAUGCAUCCAUACAUGCAUGCAUGUACUCACAGCGGGCUUGACCCUCAGCUAGCAUAAGCAUUCAUGGGUCCCUUGAGGAUAUUGAAACCAUCCCGGGGCUCAACCACAGUCGUGUCCCAGCAAGGGGAAAGUGUACGGUUAAUAGUGACUGCAUUUGCAGCAGGAAAAGGGUUCAGGAAUGAUUGUGAUCCUCUGCAACUCCCCUUCCUGGUGGAUGCUGUGGAUGUCCUGGUAUCGCCCCAGGCCUCAGCAAUGAGCAUGCUUUAGUACACGUGAUAUUGUUCUCUGGCCUAUCUGAUGUGCUGAGCAGCAAUGAUAUCAUGUAUUGGCUGCAUCUCUAGCUGGUGAAAGUCAGGAGAGCUCCAUUGAGCCUGUGCAAGGCUAGCUGAGGGUCUAGCCCGGUAUGUCCAUCGGUCCCCAAGCAUCAUUCAAGGACUUUGGGACAGUGACCCCAGCUGGGAACUCCCCAGCCUGCCAGAGCCGGCCUGAUCCCUUCCUUGGGCUCCUGUUGUAUCAGUCGUUCCUCCCGCCGCACUUUAAAAGCCAUAGUCCAGCCCGAGAAUAAAUGUUGGCAGCAUUUCCAGCACAAGAAGCAUGUUCAUCCCCUAUCAAUGUGAUCCGGCUGCUAUUGAAAUGCAAUCAGAAAGAGCUGUUGUGCAAAGGUCGUCGGGGACCCAGAUUGGUGCCUAUCAGAUAAUCCACUCUCGAUCCUGCUCCUUCUUGGCUGGGCUGGUGAAUCCUACCAACCGGCGCCUCGCAGAUAUACCCAAGUCAUUGGAAAGGGACUGCUCCUCUCCAGACGCGGUUAGGACGAAGGACAGUCAUCCCAAACCUCAGGUCCUGACUAGGCCCCUGGGAAGAGCAGCUGGUGUCUUGAUCCGCCUCGAGUGUGCCAUACCUGCCUUUCUGCCACCUCUCAGGGUAGGGCCUGAUACGAAGCCCAGUGACGUCAAGCAAAAAGGCUCCUGCCGGCAUCACUGAGUUUUGGAUCAGAAACUUGUGGGAGGAGGGUGUCGCGGGGGGCCCCGAAGGACCGGCACCCCUACUGCAGGUAAAAAGCAAAGGCAGAUUUUGGAAGACGAAUAUUUAUUUUUGGUGUUUGUUUUUGUUUUGUAUUGUUAUAAUUAAGUCGAAAUGUUCUUUACCGUAGACCACCAAGCGGCAGCUAUUGCAAUGUCAGGUCUUCAAAGGGUGAAUCGUUUUAGUAGCGUGGGAUUUUUUUUUUUUUCUUUGUUUAAUGAUAUGCAGAAAUUAAGUAAUCGUGCAAAGAAAAGCGGAUUGAGUGAAUGUCUGGCAUUGAGAGCGAGCCAGCCUUGCAGAAAUCUGGGUCAGUCUGAAGCACUCGCUGCUUGUGUCUUAGUCACGUGUGCUGGCACGGCCUCUGCGGGGAAUCAAAGGGGGAGAAAGUCAUCUCUCGUCGGCCGUCAGCGUGUGCACGCUCGACUUAUUUAGCAUCCCAUUCAGCCGACGUGCACUCCUGAUUCAAGCGGGUCGUGCAAUGAGUGUGCUGGCUCUGGCAGUCCAAGCCUUGCGUGGACGGUUUCGCUCUGCCCCACUCCAAACCCCGCUGGAUGCGUGUUUUGCUUAAAAUCAUGCCAAGUGCACAUGUGAUCCCCUUGAUCCUAUCACUCAAAGAAAGAAAUUACCGAUCCAAAUCAAAACCGGCGACACUUUCUGUACUUGUGUUUGCUAAUGACGGCUCAAGAUUGCUGACGUGUUUGCAAAUCACCUAGCAAAGUUCUGGUAAUUAAUAAGAGCCAUGUUAUUUGUAAGUAAAGUCUACACCCGUAAUUAAUCACAAGAAAUUAAUCACUGGAUAACGUAUUAUUUAAUGAUUAGAAAUUGCCGUCUGUUGAUAGACAUGCCAAAAAAAAUGACAUGUGAAAUGGAGGGGCAGGGGGAAAAAUAAAUCUAUUCUUGAACACUGCAAGUACAAAUUGUAUGUAAUGGUAAGUAAUUUUUUUCCCCCUUUGAGUGUUUAUAUGCAUGAACAGAAUUGCAUGUAAGAAUUAAGAACAUAAAAAAAGUGGAAUUUGUCUGGUUUUACGGCAAGUCAUACUGUAUUUUUGUUGAAUCCUAUUCAUAUCCUGUCUGUGCUCAGAGUUGCAGAGAACAGAUGGUUGAGUGUACAGGGCCCGGUCCAAUAACCAACAAAGUCAGUGGAAAGCCUGCCAUUGGCUUCACAAGAGUUUGGAUCUGACCCUAGCACCUUGCAAAGUGAAAGGAGCCUCCAGAUUUUGAAGUUGAGAUUGGCGGCAGACAUGCACGCAGUGUUCAGCCUAUGGGCCAAAUUCAUCCCUGGGGCAUGACUGCAGGGAGAAUUGGGAUUUGGACCCCUUGCGUCCGCAAAAAUUGCAGCGGUCAUUUGGUGAAAGAGUCUGGUUCUGAAUCUUCUGGCACCAACACUGGAGGAAAAUGCUCCCUAGGCUAUGCCAGCACCUCUGGCUCAGAUAUUGGAUGUCAAGAGGGGAAGAUGGCGUCAAAACCACAGCCAAAAAUUGCCGAGUUCAGUUCUAGGGAUGGGUAAGAGUGUCACGGGGGGCACUUGUCUUCAUGGGUGUCUGAGACAGUCUUCUCUCCUGCCUUAUGCCUCCUCCAUGACGUCUCCUAAAGCUUUGCACGUCUGCUCCCACCUGCUCCUUUUCCUUCUCCUCAAGAGCUAGGCAAUCUGUUCACCCUCCGGACCUCUUCCUUGUUUAAUCUACCUCUUCUCUGGCCAUACACAGAGAUUUUCAUCCUCCCCUUUGGUGCAUUUCUUGAGGUGGCUAAAUGCACAUCCUUUGUGGAGAAACCUCCUGGCAUUUCUGCUCUUUCUGGGUGCGCUCUAUGCAUGCGGGUGAUUUUUGUACCCUACAUAAACUGGCUUCAGUUCUAGUCCCAAGAGUUGACUUCUUUUUCCCCACCAUCCUUCAGCUUGUCCCUUCCCAUCUUCCUGCCCAGUUCAAGGUUUUAGAGCCAAAUCUCGAAGCCCUCAAAAAAGUCCCGCUUUAGGGCUGGUGGUUGAGAGAAUUGACCCAAAUGUUUAGAAAUUAAGCAACUGUUUUGAGCUAACAGAGUGGGGAGGGGGUACAUUUUGAUUUUUUUCCCCCUAGAAACUCUUCCCCGGUUUUCCAACCACCUGCAGAGAUGGCUGGGACUUUAAAACCUGGCAGCGGCUGACAUUUCCAGAUGUUGAAAAGUCCUCGUAGAGCAUCUAUGCUGUUUUAACCAGCUCUCCUUUACCUGAUCUAUUUUACCCAUAUGCAAUAAGACCUUACUCCAAGAAUGAGUCAAGGGCAUCAGCCAACACUACUGAACAUGAGUAAAAGUGUCGGUCUGUCUCUGAGUGGGACUAAGCUCCCCUUUCAGGUCAGGGAAAGUUUGUCCUAAGAAGGGAAAGUGUGCAAAGAGAGCAAGAGCUGGCAUGGCAAGGGUGUUUGGGCCAUUAGAGAAAAGGGCAGGUUGGCUUUGGUCUUCACCAUAUCAGUGCUGCUACUGCUAUGCUAGAGACUGCAUCAGCUCCAGUGGUGCUUCUUGGAGAACAGAUAGUCUUGAGUGAAGUUUGCUCCUGCCCUGUGUUGCUAUUUGAUUUUUUGAAUGUUGUUGCUGUUGCAAAAGGGUUUCUGCAUGCUUCAGGGCAAGCAGGAGAGGCAUGCAAAGCCCCUUCCAGCUCCAGAGCUUGUAAAGCAUCCAGCACAACUCUCCAACCACAGUAGAUUUUACAUCCGGUUUCUCUAGGGUAUCUUCAAAGAUGAAAUGUAUUAAAUUGUCAAGGAUAUGCGUUUGCAAAAGGGCCUAUAAAUACAUUUCCAGCGUGAUUGGCCAAGGCUGCCUGGAUUUCCCUGGAAAACAUGGUGGUUCAUGCAUUACAUCAGGAAAAGGAAAGCUCACGUCCAGUUCUAGGAGAUGCCGUGCAAGUCAGGUUUUGUGUGUUUUGGUUGUGGCAGUGCAAGGUUGAAUCUAGCGGACAGCCCGUAGUGUUGGCCUGGAGGAGGUUCCCGUUUCCAGACUGGAAACCCCGCUGCCUCUUGCAGCUUGUUGUCCUAUUACGGCUCCUCCCGAGCCGUUUUCUGACCUCCCUCCAAACCAAUAGAAGUGUUCAGCCCUGUUCUGAGCUUUCCACGAAAACAGAAAUCACAGCCGAGCAGAUGUAAGUCUGGGUCAUCGGACACAGGAGAACGAAGCCCAGCACAUGCACGUGGAUUCCUAAAGUCCUACUGGGAAGUGCAUCAACCUGGCUUGGGGUGUGGCUUCGUUCCCAGGAGAAAAGGAGUUUGAAGAUCGCUUCUGGUCUUUAUCCAAUUGCCUAAAAAGUCUGGGAGGGAACUUUAGCCUGCUUGAUAUGUUCGAUCCUUGACUUCUCCAUUAGAUGUGCCAGAAAGUCAGCCAGGACUAUAUAGGAUGAAGAUACCUGCCCAUUGACACUAUGAGUAAGACCUCUGCCUCCAUGUCUCCUGAGCAUCUUUUAUACUCCAGUAACUCCUAAAAGUUACCACUCUUGUUAGGUCUGGACCAGUGACCUAGAGAUGAAAGUAUGAGAGGGCUAGUUAGAGUUAGCCUCCACCAGACAUGUGCUGCCCUUCCCCACCUAUAGCCGACCUUAUCACUAUAGCUCUCCUGGUUGUUUCUCAUCCCACAAGUGUUGCUCAUCUAGAAACCUAUGAAUCACCCAUCUCUCCUUGGCUUUAAUUACCGGCAGUAGAGACAGGAAAUGGGAACAGCAAAUUGUGAGGUUGUCACUGGUAGCCGCCUUCUGCUUGAGGUCUCCAUUCCCAAUAAGUCCCCAGCGUGCUGCAAGAGUGAAGCCAGCCUCCUACCCUGCAGUUUUGUAGAUCAUCCUAGACUACGCUGGACUGCCAUUGGGGUGCAGAAGGGCUUUCAGGGUAGGUGUUGGCAAGGCUGGACUUGAUGGUGACCUUAAGGAUUGACACAAGUUAUUGGUGUAGACAUUGCCUUCCUCCUGAACGGCUAGCUCUACAAUCAAUCUAGUGAGAGCCCAUCAUUUCCACGGAGUCUCCUUGUUUCAGAAAUGCUGCUGAAUAUUAUUACUCUCUGGGCAUGUCUACACAUGGCAAUUAAGGCACAUUAGCCAUUUUUUAAGACGCAUUAAGGGUGCAGGUCUACAUGCGCACGCCCUUAAUGCACCUUAAAAAUGGUGAUUUUAAGCUGUUUGCACCUAAAUUUGAUACCUGCAAAAUUAGCAAACAGCUAAAACGCCUUAAUGCACGUGUAGAUGUGCUGUGGCGCAUUAAUGCUGUGCAUGUCAACUGACCUGAGGCUAAUUUAGCAUUAGCACACCAUGUCCAUGCUCCUUGGUGCACGCACGUCUAGACGUGUGCCUAAAUUGCCUUAAUGCGCAUUAGGUAAAUCCACUUUAAGUUCAGACAGGUGUAAAAGCACAUGUAGACAUGCUGUCUGUUCUCUUAAGAGAGGGCUAGAUCCCUUGGUCAGCCUAGACGUUUUAGAGGUUAGCUGCUCAUGGCAAUGUUAUUCUGAGCUGGCCUUGAGUUUAAAUGUCCGGAGGCCGAUUUUGCAGCUUUCAUACGACGCCAGAACAUUGGAAAGAGAGCGCGGCGCCUUGCUUUCAUUCCUGUGACAUUUCGGUUUCACGUGGGCUUCACUGGCUUUGCCCCAUCGAAACGUGAAGGACCGCUGUGUCAGAUCAGUCCCUGGCUUUUGAAAGGGCAGGUCUAUUAGGCAAACUCUCUGCCAUCUCUCCUCAGGAACGGGCAGUAAACAAGCCCUUGUUUCAGUUAAGCCGGGCUUAUAAAUAAUUCUGCAUUGCAUUGAUUUCAUCAGAUGAGAUUUGGGGCUGUGACGGUGGUUUCUGUGAGAUGCCAAGCUUUAGGAUCGUGCUUGAACUGCCAGAAGCAUUUGACUGUGGAUGGAAUAAAAGUACUGCAUUGAAACAAUCAGCCCGUCAUAGGUGGCCCAGAAAACAAAACCAGGGAGACUGAGGAUAUCUACCAAAGCAAAUUAUGGUAGGCAAGUUGAAACAAAUGCAAAAGAGACCAGAAUCAGGCCGCUGUGCAAUUCCAUCGCUGGAUAUUAAAGUACCUACAUUAUGGUCCCUUGCUUCACACCCCCGAGGAUUGCAAAUAAUACCUAUCCUCUGCAAAUAAUAAUGAGAGCAAAGGCAACCAUUCAAACUAAAACAAGGAGAAACCCAAUCUGCCGCCCAUUGCUACUAAUAGGUCUUUGCUCCGACUUUGUUCAGCUCUUGUCUGCACCAGUCGGUUCGGCCUCCUGCUCGCCUCGGGCCGUGCUGUGCUAGCGAUGUCUGUUUGCUGGCACGGAUCAUUUUCCAGUUCAGCUUCACCUGAUUUCUCCCCAUCUGAUUUCCACGCUGACAUUCAGGUGAACGACCCCGAGAAACUCAAAGCGAAGCAGGAGCCAAGACCUCCGCAUUUUAUUUGGCUUGUCGGCGAGCGGGGGAGAACCAUGAGAACCUGGCAACGUUCGCAUGGCUCUGGCCCAAAAAAUCAGCACGUGAAACCUUUCCCGGAGAGCAGCGAGAGGUUGGAAAACCUUGGCCCGUGUGUUGGCCUCUGCCUGAACUUGCCUAGUUUUUCUCUGCAAGAGCCUGGUGCAUAGACUGUAAAGUCAAAAGGGGACCGCUGUAAUUCUCGGGUCGGACCUCCUGCCUACCACGUGCAACAUCUUUCCGUUGACUUCAGCAGGCUUUGGAUCAGGGCCUAAUGUUGACACAACCUUUAAUAAAAAGCAUUCUUGUCUCCAGACCCAGCGCUGCAGAUGUCAGUAGCCUGAGAAGCUCGGUCGCGUGGUCCAAGGGCCUCGGUGCUAAUUCUGUGCACACUGGAUAGCCUGGCCUGGGAGCUGUCUCUAGCUGAUGUGUUGUGACUCCCAGUGGUAUGGCCCCUUGCUCUGCAAUAGCCGAGUGUGUUGGCGUGUCUAGGAAGAAACAGUGCUGACUUGGGAGAUUAAGCUCUUGCAUCUGUAUGGGAGCCAAAGCCGGUGUUUGUAAGGAUGCGGCGGAACAAAUUCUGUCCUAAUUAACCGUGCAGUCUCAUUGACUCUAAUGAGGGCGAAAGGAGCUGACACUAGCUUGAGGAAACACGAGCGAGUGCAAAUGCUGCCUGAAAACACAUUUAAACAAAAGUCAGCAUAAGCACACAAUGAUUGCAGCGGCUUGCAUUCGGGGCGCCCCUUGGGAAAGCAUCUCUGCACCACGCAGGCUUGACUCUAAGCGGGUGCUCACCCGGGCGUCAGGGCACGAGUAAGUUGUGUUCUGGGUAAAGGCUUCACUGGGAGAUCAAACCCCUUCCUUGACCAUAUCGGAGCUUCUUUCUCUUCCCUUUCCCUUGCUUUUCUCUCCUCUCGGUGCAAGGGAUGUCUUCUAGUUUGCAUGCAAACCCCGCUCUGUGGCUCUGGUGCUUGCUUACCUGCCCUGUGAGCUGAGAAAGAGAGAACAUUUUAAUGACCUCAUUGAGACUGCACAAUGGUUCGUUAUUCCUGGCUGGAAAUCUAGUGGGCACGCAGGCCUAACAUCAAUUUCGGAUAAAAUCCUGGCCCACCUUGAAACCCAUGGCAAAAUUCCCAUUGACUUCAAUGCUGCAGAGCUCACCCUUGGUGCAUGCAGAUCAAAAAAGAGCUUGAUAGUGUUAUUCAAGAAACUAGACGUCCAAAACAUCUGGAAUAGCUCAGGUGGGCUUUUGUAUCGGGCAGCACAAGCUUUGGCGCACACACCCCUUCGUUCUCUGAAAUGCUUUGGGGGUGCUAAAGCUGUGGCUGAGAUACUCCGGGAUAGUCACAGGAGAAGGGAUUUAGACCAUCAUGGAUACAUGUGAGAGCGAAGUUAUUCAGAUAAGGGUUUUUUCACUCCUGUCUGCUGGCUUUCUGCAUAUAGCAGGCCUGUCCCACCCUGAAUCGGAUAGGCAUGCAAUGCCCAAGCAACAGCUCUGUUAAAUCAGGCUCCCAUCGAGUCGUGCGGUCCCGUCAAAGCAUCAGAAACAGAGAGGAGGGAAACAAUGACUUCAGUGGAGAAGCAGCUUCUAUUUAAACCGGGGCACUCGCUGGAGACGUGGGCUCUUCUAAACAUAGUGCCAGAAUUUGUCCGUAACCUUUCUUCAGCCUAAACUCAUCACCCUCCUCCUUUGAGAGCAGGAUUAGCGAAAGGCGGCCUGGCGUUGAGUGAGGGAUGUUUCAGAUGGUGCGGGCGAGAUAUGGGGCGGGAGGGGAGGAGGCACAAAGCCGUUUGGUGGUUUAGUCCCCCAUCCGCCCCUGCCAGCGUGUCCUAAUACAGGGAAAACAUCAAUGUUUGCAUCCCUAGGUGGUGGAAAUCAGCACGGCUCCAGUGACUUCAAUAGAGUACUUUGCACCAGCUAAAGAUGUGGCCUUAUGUACAUAAGUGUGUGCACAGAGGAGCAUGCACAGGCUGGAAGGAUUCCCCCAUCCCAUUCCCCCAUCAAAAGUGCUUAGUUGUCUGCAAGCCCCUUCGAUGAGCUUGGCAUCCAAAGCUGCUAAAAAGCUAGGGUGAUUCCCAGCCAACCGCAUGGUGGUGGCUGCCUCGAGUGACCAGGGAAAGGGCAUUACAGAGACUCCCCGAAGCUUGCAAGGACCUUCUCUUCAAACUGGUGGCUCCUUUAGCAGAGGAGGGAAAGGAGCUGGUGCCCAGUGGAGCUCCUUCUUAUUUGGGGCUGCCUUUCAAUCACGUCACUUCAGAAGGGGGAAAAGGGGAGUAAACCUAAGGGCCAAAGCUGUGACGUAUUUCUCUGUCGUACUGGGAUGCUGCAUUGUGUAUAUCUUCGGUAACGUGCACAGUUUACAUUCCUCCACCUUUGCUUUCUGUAUGGACCAAAGUCGUUCAAGGGGGGAAAAAAACAAAACAAAACAAAACAAAAAAAAAACCCCACGGGUGUAUGUAAGACAAAAAGGAGAAUUAAAAUAAAAAGAAAUCUUUAUUGGUUCUAUGAA